AGUACCGGCACUGGCAGCGCCACGACUCGUCAGUACAAUGCACGGCAGCCGAACGUAGAUGGUAGAAGUCGUCCCGCGAAUCCCGUACUCCAAUGAACAAUCACGUGAGGGGAUUUGCGGGCGGUGAUUGGUGGGUGGCGGUGGCGUAUUCCGCCUUUUGUUCCGUCUUUCCAAGUCUCCUCCGCGGCCGUGAACAAGUAUAUGAACGGACGCCAGAGCAAGGACACCCCUCCGUGUGCAAUACCCUCCUGCUAUCCUGCAGGUUCCUACAAACAAGUGUCGACUGACUCAUUGUUUUGCUACCAGCGGUCACGGUGCAGACUCGGGUUCGAUCAAGGACUCGGAACGCCCUGCCACGGACCCUGCCACUGAGGUCACGCCGGUGUCAUGCGAUAUUGAGAACAUGAGGGCCUCAAUUUCCUCUUUGCCUGCCGAAGUGGUCGAGAUCAUUCUGGUGAACGCCGCGUCCGGUGGGUUCCCCUCAGCGAUAGGAGCACUGUCGCAGACCUGCCGCGCCUUUCAUACUCUGAUCUACGACGCGGCCGAUCACCACCUCUGGCGAGCGAUAUUCCUCAGUACAUUCGAUGACCCUCGACGGCUUGCAUACUAUGACUUUAAUGGCUUCGACUGGUGUGGCCAAUUUCGAGAACGAAUCUGGGCGGCGUCCUUCCUCAAGCGGCACGUCCGACCGCUGCGUGUGCAGAAGAUAUACACGCUUCGGUCGCGCACUACUGCUACCUCCGUCGUAGACCUCACUCCCACCUACGACACGAACAGCAGCCUGAGGAUGUUGAACGCGCUGCUGUCCGUCAUCAAGAGCACCGCUCCAGACGAACAUGGCCAUUAUCUACCCAAUCAAGACGUGCGACGGACUGACCCCGUCGAGUGGGAGGGAAUCAUGCACAAGCGGUCCCUGUCCUACGCUUACCAGAACACCCCCGAUUUCGCAGAACGCCUGCGAGGCUACUCGGAGUCCCUGAACGUCCCUUGGCUGCGGUCGGUCUUGGAGCGCGGUCUCCCCGCGCCGCUCAUCACCAAGAUCUCGGCGAACUCGCGAGACUCGCUAUGGGACAGCACGCCCGAAUCGCUCGCACUGGGCGAGCUCAUAGCCUGCGCAGGGUUCAUACCGGUCCGCAACCUCAUCGAAGAGCGAACUAGCCGCCUGGCGUCGUCUUCGUCGGGCCACUCUCGUACGGAACCACACCCCUCCGGGGUCUCGGACAUGGACAUGUCCGCCGACGCGCAGAGACUGCGAGCGCACCACCGCGCGAGGGAGCUCGUCUACAGGAUGGGGUAUCUCAGCCGGCGUCGGCACUGGGGUCCAUACCUCCCGGUCGCGCCGACAACUGAAGACGAACCCGUCCUGAAAGACAAUAUACCCAAUCAGGGCGGUCCGCCCCGCGAACUUCGUCAGAUGUUUCUGCGGGAACUAUCCGACUCCGAGUCUGCCAGUGAUCCAGACUAUUUCCCGGACAAUGGCGACACCACGUCCUCGCAUUCCGUCGACGCAUCCGACGACGACGACGGAGAGCCACCCCUAGUGGAACCCCCAGUCCAGUCGCGGAAAAGGAAGCGUGUCAUACCGUCGGCGGAGCAACUCAACCCGGACUGGGCUUGGCUCGCAGCGGCGCGCAUACUGGUCCAGAGCAACUUUGACGACCUCGAGAACUUCAGGAUCGCCGACUUCCUUGACUGGAACAUGUGGAGGGAGGUGUGGGUCAACCGUGCACAUCUUGACCAACUCUGCUUCGUACAUGGCGAUGAAUCGAGGGAUGACGCAGAUAGUCAAGCAAAGGUGAUUUCAGAGGGUUCUCGUGACAAUCAACAUUAUCGAGACUGGGCGGGCGUACAGGGAGUGUGGAGACGAGCUGUCUUAUGGCUUGACUACGCCGACCUCCAGCGUGAGUACAAUCUUUGCCAAGAACCAUGACUAUGUCGCUCAAACCACCUGAGCGUUAGACCACAACCACUACGACGGGUUUGACGACCCCGGCUUGAACGAAUGCAAGAUCGUAGUCCCCGUGCGCCUUCGCGUCGUAGGCUACGAUGCCCCGUCGGUCGCCGCGUAUCCAGACCGACCCACGAUCCUAGUCGAAGGCGAGAUGGGCGGACAGGACUUCGAGGGACACGAGGACGGCACUGCAGACGAUAUCCGGAGAUUGCAUGGCACGGUCAGCAUGCUGCCUACGGGGCAGGUGCGGUGGAGCCUC